AUGCCGGGCGAUGUAUCUGUACCACAUCGCGCCCCGCCGGAAUCAGAUCGAUCAUUUCUGCGGAAAUUUGACCGCAUCUGCGGUUCCGCUUCUGCUGUCCGCUUCUUCGGAAAAUUGACCGCAGGGGCGAUUAGGGAAGCCCAAGCUUUGGGGGCCCUCGAAUUAGACAAGCCUCAUGAUGGAGAAGAUUCUUUUCGUGACUUGUUUACCGGUAUCGAGGACGUUGCCGGUACUAGUGAUGCAUCAGAUCUUUUUCACGGGGUGCAGCAGGCAUUGAAUCAGUGCCCCACUGGUCGGAUCUCAUUCAAGCUUUAUGAUUGGAACCCUGCAGAGUUCCCUCGAAGACUCCGGCACCAAAUCUUCCAGUGGUUGGCCAGUAUGCCUGUCGAAUUGGAGGGCUAUAUUCGUCCAGGUUGUACAAUCUUGACAGUUUUUGUUGCAAUGCCAACAUUCAAGUGGGGUAAGUUGCUGGAAGACCCAGCUGCACACCUAUAUGAGUUUAUUGCAUCACCUGGAAACAUGCUUCGCGGGAGAGGAAGCUUUCUUGUUUAUCUCAACAACAUGGUAUUUCGCGUUACAAAAGGUGAAAAUUCAGUAGUGAAAGUCAAGCUAAAGGGACCAGCACCAAAGCUUAAGUCUAUUCAUCCUACUUGCUUUGAGGCUGGCAAGCCUAUGGAGUUUUUUGCCUGUGGAAGCAAUCUAAUGCAGCCCAGAUUCCGGUUUCUUGUGUCAUUUGGGGGAAGGUAUUUAGGGAAUGAUAUCAGUGUUACACCUUCAUGUAGUAAAAAUGAAGGUGGAUCUGGUAGCAUGGAGCAUCAAUUAUUAAAGAUACAUGUCCCUAGGACUGAAGCAGAUCUUUUUGGCCCCGCUUUUGUUGAGGUCGAGAAUGAAUCUGGUUUAUCUAACUUCAUUCCCAUCCUCAUUGCGGAAAAAGAUAUUUGUGUAGAAAUGAAAGAAAUACAACGGAAGUUCUGUUCUGGAGGGUCAGAACACACUGCUGUUUGUUCUCCAUGUGAAGAUUCCACGUGUACAAAAUCAGAAUUCUCAGAAUUUAUGUUGGAUGUGGCAUGGUUACUAAGGGAGCCUUCAUCAGAAAAUGUUCAGAUUGUGGCGUCUGUACAGAUGCAGAGAUUUAAUUAUUUGUUGAACGUUUUAAUGGAAAGUCAGUCGACUAUUAUUUUGAAAAGAGUAUUGCCUUAUUUUGAAAAUAUGGUGAAUAGAAACUUGUUAGCUGGCAUCACUGAUGCUGAAAUGAGGCUUUUUCAGAGGAAUAUUUAUGAGAAAAAUAAUUUGUUCAAGGAAAGGUUGCAGCUAAAGGAAUAUUGUGCGGGAGAUGCGGGACAAAUUAUGCAGGAGGCAAAUACUUCUAGUGAAAUCUUCCAAAAUCAUAUGAAAUCUGUUUUUCCAGUUAACAAUGAGGACGUGGAGGUACCACAUGAGCACAACCUAGAGUUUGGUUCGGCUUAUUGGGAAAGCACUUCAACAGUCCCACUUUUGGAUGCAGAAUUGGCAUUGAGAGUGAAGGAGCAGUCAGGGAAGCCUUGUGGCUUCUUGGUUAGAAAGACAGUUUUGACGUCUCGUACUCUUGUGUUUGUAAUCACUGGUUUUGCUGUGUGUCUUGGUCUAUGUGCAACCUUCCUGCACCCCGGAAAAGUUGGUGAAUUCGCUAUGACAAUUCGGAGGUGUCUGUUUGACAACUCUUAAAUUGCAUGUACAACUUUUAACCAAAUGAACUGUCUGCCGUUACAGAAUAUAGGCGUGAUCUCCAGCACUCGGGUCCCCUGCCGUGACUGGUCUUGUAUGAUAUUCCUGUGCUUGCUACAAUUGCAUAUCAAGAAAGUGGAAAAUAUUCCUGCCUUUGCUACCACUGCAUCUCAAGAAACUGAACAGCAUGGAGUGGAGAGGUACUGAUUAGUUUCUGACCGUUUAGACUAAAUGCCUACUGGGAGACAUGCUUUGCGGCAUUCUUGAUGUAUUAUACAAACUGUGCUCUGUAAGCACAAAAACUGUAUUAGCUGUAUAGCUUCACUUGUUACUUUGUACAAGUUCUCGAGUAAUCACCGUGGACUUCACUAUAACUUUAUGGUUACUGACAUCAGUUGUCCUCAAAAGAGGGGAUACACAUUAGCAUGUGCAGAUAUUGUGUUGUGCUUAACAACUUUAAGGGAUUGAGGUGGGACUCUUUGAGCAUUUUGAUGUGAAUAUACGUAGAAGGGGCAGGCCUAUUUGGCCAUGAUAUAACCAUUCAAUAUUCCAAUGCUGAACUAAAUCUUAGUUUGGGCAAAGAGUUUUUGCAAAUUUGUAUUUCACGUGAAAUUUUGAAAUAGUGAUUUGAAGGUGUA